AUGCUGAACCUCCAAUCGACCACUACUAGUACUAGUACCCGUGCCGGUGCACCAUCCUGCAUCAUGAAGGGGAGAAAGAGAUGCCGGGCAGGGAGUUCAGUCGGCACAAGACGGCGGGUGAUGGCUGCAGUUGCUCUCCUUGCCGCUGCCAUGGUCCCAUCCGCGUGUGCGUUUUUGUCCAGAACCAACCACCAUGUUGUGAGACUACCACAACAACAGCAACAGCUACAAGGACCACUGUAUGCUGGCAAAUCGGCGGCUGCAGUGCUCGAGAAACCAACAGAGGCCACACAAGUACGCCCACGAACUUCCACCUCGGAAACAAAGAGGCGGAAAGCGCUCAAGGCCCGAAAAGAUUACCAUGUCGAUUCCGCUCUCUACGGUGUCGACGCCCAAGUACUCGAACUACUCUCCGAACACUUUCUCUAUCCAGAGAACAUUUCCGCCUCAGUUCAAGCCAACAAAGGGAGACCCAAGGGACGUCCCAAGAGUGUUCCUGGGGCAAUGAACUAUGACACCAUGGUCAAGUUCCGUGAACGACAGGAAGUCAUUGACAUGUUGGAGAAACAGCAACAACAGCAAAAGGAACGAGUGGACAUGAUUGCACCAUACUCGGCACAUCCACAGUUGCAAGAAGCUCUACUGCCGAGUACGGUGGAAGAAACCGCUAAAACCAGCAAACGAAAGAGCAGAGGCGUCAAGGGAGCGGCCACCAAAGGAGCACGAAACACUAAUAGUCUCAACAACAAUGCUGACAGCGAGGAACCGGCACCCAAACGAAGAAAGCGAGUGGUCAAGACGCUUCCCAAACCUCGGAAAUCUGCCGACGGAAAGGCGUCCAAGACUGUCUCGCGAAAUCAAUCCAAGGGAGGCAAUCUAGAUCUCUUCAAGUAUUAUCGCACAGAGCUCCUCAGCUCGGACGAAGAGUACGCGCUGGGUUUGAAGACUCAGUUCAUGAUGAAGUGCGAGCACGUACACGAGGGACUGGCUGCCAACCUCAUGCGGCUACCUACCAUCCAGGAAUGGGCCGAGGCAUGUGGGUUUGUGCAAGAAGAUCCGCUUUUCGUCCACAAAGAGGGAGACGAGCAGAUUCGACCUGCAGGCAGCGAAAACCAGUUUGAAGAAACUGAUCCCAACUUGUUUGUUGGCAAUGGUCUCGCAUACACGGCAGGACCUGGACGAGGCCGGGGUCGUGCCAAGAAGCCGCCGCCGACCAAGCUUGCCAACUUUUACGAUGACAGUGAAAUCAAAGCGGCUGGAGGGACAGUGGACGGCAAGAAACCAAAGCUCGAACCCAUCAAUCGUGGAACUGUCACCCAAUUCAUUGAAAUGAUGAUGACUGCAAAAGAGGCGAAACAACGGAUGGUCCAAUCCAACAUGAGGCUGGUCGUCAGCAUUGCGCGAAAAUACUCGAAUGUCGGCGUUAGCUUGCAAGACUUGGUGCAAGAAGGUAGUCUUGGGCUGUCUCGAGCUGCAGAAAAGUUUGAACCUUCCAAAGGAUUCAAGUUCUCGACCUAUGCAUCAUGGUGGAUCCAACAGGCAGUCUUUCGUUCCAUCGCUUAUCACUCUAGAACAAUCCGCUUGCCUGUUCAUGUACAUAACCUGCUCAACCGAGUAAGGAAAGUACGGUUUCAACUGGAAAGCGAGCUCGGUAGAACACCAACCAAUGAAGAGGUCGCAGAGGCCCUGGACAUGACAGUUGAAAAAUACAACAAGAUGCUCAGACUUACCAAGCGAUCCAUCUCCCUCGAGAUGCCCAAAUACCAAAGCAACCCCAAAGAUCUGGGGCAUGAGAGUGAGGACCUUCUAGGAGAUACCAUUGAUGCAGGCAGAGUGAUCCCAGAUGAUGGAAACCCGGAAACGCGUGUGGAUCGUGGCUUGUUUCAUGAUGACCUCAACGAGAUGCUCGAGAUCCUGAACGAAGACGAAAAGAGAGUCAUCUGUGCCAGGUAUGGAUUGACCGAUGGAUUAACUAGAACUGUCACGUUGGUGGCAGCUCAAAUGAAGGAGUCCAAGGCCUGGGUCCGCUCCCAAGAAUGUCGUGCUCUUCGCAAGCUUCGCCGUCCUUGGUACGAGAAGAAGCUGAAAGAGCACCAGGAUGCCCUUACGGCCUAA